AUGGACGCGACGAACGAGACGACCGCCCAAGGAGUCGACCUGCUGAAGACGGCGGGUCUCGACGACCGGGCCACGUAUUGGUGCCUGGUCAUGUUGGCAGUGGCAGCUGCCACGUGUGCAUGCGGAACAGUCAUCCUUGCAAUAGGAACGUGGCGAAGCCAACAAAGAAAACGAACUGCACUGUCGCUUGGACACGACUCCCCACGAAGUGGGACGGGGAUGCCAGGUGCCCAAGUUGUUGGCACGACGGCCGUCGUCUUGCAUGAUGCGGAUGUGGCACCAGACCAGCCUCUGAGGGCAUCGGAGGAGCGGCAGGCAAUAAGCGAGAGCAGGCGCCGAUGGCAGCUCCUCGGCGUUUUCCUCGUCACCUUCACACUCUGUCUUGCGUUCGUUAUAGCAGGCAUUGUGGAUGGCAGCCUGUCGAAAGAGACAGGGCUCGCGUGGGAGAGCUACGCGGCCCUGCUCUCUUUAGGUUGCAUCUGGAUGCUUCUGCAGGCGGUCAUUGUCGCCAGCACGCUCGAAACGGGCCGCGGCUAUGGUACAGGGGCCUUUGCUGAAGCCAUGCUGGGAGGUGUGUGUCCAUUCAUAGCAGAUUCCUUCGACACGCUUAAGGAUUCUAUGUUCGGGGGUCUCUGUUUAAAGUCUUCUCAUGUAUUUCUGAAUGUCGUAGGAAUCUGCAGUUGGAUGUACCUUUUCGGCUUUCACAUAUACUUUUUCACCCAAUUGCGUUUUGUAGCUGAGCUGGUGGCCAGCCACCUCGCCGUCUUCGGCCUUCCGACCCUCGAUGCGACGAAGGGUGCUGCCUCCAACAUGAAGAUGUCCGAGAAGCUGGUGGCAAUCGCCGCGAAGCAGAUCUCCCCCACGAAGCGGCACAUGCUGAUGGUCGAAAACCUGCCGCAAGCAGGCUUCGCCAUAAUCUUCCUUGCCACCGAAGGCGGAAGUCUCAUCGUGGCCCUCCUGAGCCUGGGAGUCCCCACGGUGCAGAUCGCAGCGUCGCUCGCGCUCUACGGCCGCAUUCAGAGACGCUUAGUGCCGUGGUACGCAAUGAGGUUUGAAGCGGCCAUGAACGAUGCGGAUGAGGUGCUGGCCAGGCGCCUCUGGAGCGAGAUCGAUGGGAACGAGCAGCUCUGCACGAAGAUCGCCCUGUCGACUCCUUUCUUUGGCGACGUCGUCCGUGCAAGGGGUCGCCAUCGUGCGGAGCUGGGCCACGUCGUGGUCGAGGGCGGAGAGGACGAGGACGAGGACGCCCGAAAAGGUGUGCUGGCAGCUCAUGAGAAGCGCGGAGCGUGGCUGGGUGGACUUGAACGGCAUCACCAGCUGGGAUGGGGCGAGCCUGGAGGCGCUGCUGCGCCUUGUCAGGCAAGCCGCUUGGGUGCGCGAACUUUCGCUUCGGAAUUGCCAGCUCGACGGCCCUUCCCUGGCCCCGGCCCUGAGCGACGGCCUCCGGGGGAUCCGGCACCUGAAAGUGCUUCUUCUGUCCGACAACCCGCUGGGGAACGAAGGGGCGGAGGCCCUGGCCGCGGCGCUCCCCCACUGCGGCCUCGAAGGGCUUCACCUGUCCUCCACAGGGGUUGGAUCCGAGGGCGCGGAGGCGCUGCGCCGGGCCCUCGAGGAAGGCGGCACCGCGCUGAAAAAUCUCUCUCUCCGAGGAAAUGA